GUACCGUUACCGAGUCGCCCGCACAAAUACCGACCUUUGUAUCUGAGUGUAAUUUGACGUUUUGCAGACCGAAGGUCAACCUUUAACCGCUUGUUUAUAUAGAAAAAAGCGAAUGAACUCAUCGCCCGUGUUGGUGUCUGGGGGUGAGUAAACUUCAUGUACAGAGUGAGGCUGAUGACGGAGUUUACAGUUUAAAGAAAUUUACUCGAAGCUCAGAAUCUUACAUCUCGCGUCCAGACUCUUCUGCCGCCAUGAACUUUUUCUUAGAGACCCUAAAGGUGCUCGGGUUGACGGUCGUGUACUACCUAGAAGCGCUUUUCCGGCUAUUUGUGCCAGCGCGGAGGAAGAGUGUCGCGGGUGAGGUGGUGCUGCUGACCGGUGCCGGAUCUGGACUCGGCCGAAUCAUGGCGCAGGAGUUCGCGCGGCUUGGCGCGCGCCUCGUCCUCUGGGACAUCGACGAGGCUGGAAACCUGGAGACCGCGCGCCUCGUGCAAGAAGCGCACGGCGCGCGAGCGCACACAUACACCUGCGACUGUAGCAGCCGGGAGGAGGUGUACAAAGUUGCCGACAAAGUCAAACGAGAGGUGGGUGAUGUUAAUAUUCUGGUGAACAAUGCUGGUGUUGUCACGGGGAAGAAGUUCCUGCAGUCUUCAGAUACGCUUAUGGAGGUCAACAGCAUGGCACAUUUCUGGACGUGUAAGGCCUUUCUUCCAGCUAUGAUUGCUGCAAACCAUGGUCAUGUGGUCAGCAUAGCUAGCUCAGCUGGACUUAUCGGUGUUAGCGGACUGGCAGAUUACUGUGCUAGCAAGUUUGCUGCAGUGGGCUUUGCCGAGUCCAUAGGUCUGGAGAUGUUGGCUAUGGGCUGCGAUGGAGUGAAGACCACCAUAGUUUGUCCGUUUUUCAUCAACACUGGAAUGUUUGAAGGGGCUAACACAAAGUGGCCGAGACUCAUGCCCAUUUUGGAGCCAAAUUAUGUGUGUAGAAAGAUCGUGGAUGCUGUUCAGAGAGAUCAGGUCUAUGUCUAUCUGCCUCGUAGCAUCUAUGUAAUCAUCGCUCUAAAGAAUUUGUUGCCCGUUAAAGUAGGAGUGCUGCUUGGUGAAUAUAUGGGAGCUUUUGACUUUAUGGCUAAGUUCAAAGGGCAUGGCAAGAAGAGCAACUGAAGCCUGAGGAAAAAUUAACCCCAUCCGUGAAGCUUCGGAAUCACUAAACUGCAUUUAGAAGAAUAAAGCAAUGAAGAAUUAUUUAAAAAUAUGCAAAGCAAUAGCAAUGCAAAUACAGCUCUAAGCUGUAAUCACUCACAGGCACUUGAUCUGGAAAAGACAUCAAAUUUGCCAGUAUAAUAACAAUGUAAUAAUAGUAGCAAAUGUCUAAAGAUGUUUUACAAUACCGUUUGUGUUUAGUGGAGAUCAUUUGUAAACUAAAGCAGCUAGUACAUACUGGUUGCAAAUGUGUCAUAUCUUGUAUUGUUGAAAUAUUUUUAACGAAGGGCAAAAGCUUUUUUAACUUUUUAACUAAGAGUGAUAUGUAGGUAGUAUGGAACUGUUGAAGCAAUUAAACUCCUUUCAACGUGAAACCUAAUAAACUUUAUAAAUUUUUA